AUGUCUGUUUAUACAUUUAAUCUUGACGGUAAUGUUCGUGAGGUGAUUGUAAUAGAUGACAAUGAAGAAGAAGAAAGUGAAGUUAUUUCAAGACAUGAAACUGAUACAGAAGGUGCGACGGAUACAGAAGCUACCACUGAUGCGGAAGAUUUAACAGAACCAACAAUAAAUCGCGUAACAAAUCUUCGAACAAGUCGUAGUUCACUCACUCCAGAAUCAAUUUCUUCUUCUAAAAUAUCUAGAUCACUUUCACCACAACGAAAUAAUCAUAGAUCUCAUAGAUCAAGGUCACCUAUAAUAAUAGAUUUAACUACAGAUACUCCACCAAGACCACCUCCACCCCCAUUACGUUAUCCAAGAGAUGAACCAAUAAUAAUAGAUUUGACCAAAGAUGAUGAGGAAGAAAGUGAAACUCGAUUUUCUUACUCACAAGAAUCAAAUUCAUCAACCAUAACAACAAAUUCAUCAACAUCAACCACCACAACAAAUUCUUCUUCAUCCUCAACAACAACUUCAACACCAACAACAAAUUCUAAUAUUCCAAUAGGAAAUUUAAUUAAAUGUGCUAUUUGCCUUGAAUAUCCUACUAAUGUUGCUACGACUUAUUGUGGUCACCUUUUUUGUUAUAAUUGUAUUAAUCGAGCGGCGAGUACCACGAGAACUUGUUCAAUUUGUAGAAGGCACCUUAAAACUAAUCAAAUUACCCGUCUUGAAUUUAAAGUGAUGCAAAGGACAUAA